UGCGCCAGGCCGGCCGCGGGACGUCCAUGAAAGCUGUCAACGAAAGUCUUGUUAUUUAUUUUGUGUCCUUAUCUCGCGGCCAUGGAGGACAACACAUUACAGGGCGAGGAGUCAGACGAUGAGUGGUUCUACGAGUCCAUCAGGAGAUAUGACGACUUGUUGAUGUAUGAUGUUCAGGGGGACAUUGGCUGUGCAACCUUUUAUGACAACUCCAAGGUUCUUCUGGGUGUCUCAAGGAGUUCGUUACAUGAGCUGUGGCUCCUGAGUGUACCAGACAAGCUGUUAUUGGCUGGAAGGAGCGCUGGCCUUGUCAAGAACAGGGACUUCAACUUGGUGGCUGCAGGCUACACUAGUGGCUCAGUCAAGAAGGUUGUAAGAGUUGGGAGCAGUGUGGUUGUGGCUGAGGAGGGAGGCAUCCACCUCUACUCAAUCCCUCAAUCUAAUAAUCCUUCAGAUGUGAUCAGCCUCACCAGCACCCUGAUACGUGGCGCUGAGGGGGAGGUGGCGCUGGCUGUGUCUGAAGCUGGACGUGUGUAUGCUGGGGACACACUCUCUAAUCUUACCCAGCUGGACAUAAGCUCCGAAAAUACACACAAGCCAAUUGAGUUUCCCGUUACUUUUCAGGGAAGUGACAAAAUAAGUGAAAUCAAGUGUGUUGGUCAUAAAGUCUUCAUUUGUUCCAGAUGUAAAGGAUCUGUGCUUAUACUUGACCAACGGACAGACUCAUUUGUGCAAGAAGUACAAGUGCAGAAAGACACCAGUGGCUUGUGGACGAUGGAUGCCAACCAAGAUGAUAUUGUAGCCCUAGCCAGCUCAUGUGGAAGUGUGAGUGUGCAUGAUCUUAGACAUACACACAAGGAGAUUUAUUCACACAAUGUAGGAAGUGCACACACGUCAUCUCAGAAGGUCACAGUACAUCUAAGUCCUUCUGAUCCACUUCUCUCUGUGGCUGGAUUUGACAAAACUGUUGAGAUCCAUGAUUAUCUAUGUGGAGAAAGUGAUGGCAAGGUUUUCUGUCAUGAUGGACACAGAGGGCAGGAUGUGCAAGGCAUCGUGACUCACAUGUGGCACCCAGCACAGAAAAAGCUUCUCUUUUCUGCAGAUGAUACAGGAAAAUUAAAUGCUUGGAGGUUUAAACUGCCACCGAAUAUGUGAUACAGGGGGGGG